AUGCAUUUGAGUGUGCAUACUGGAGAAAAGCCUUAUCAGUGUGAAAUUUGUUAUAGGCAGUUUAGCGAAGCAGAAAGUUUGAAAAUUCAUUCGAUAGUUCACUGUGAAGAAAAGUCUUUCAAGUGUGAAAUUUGUGAGACGCAGUUUAGUGGACCAGGAGCUUUGAAAGUUCAUUUGAGAAUACACACUGGAGAAAAGGCUUACAAAUGUAAGAUUUGUUCUAAGGGAUUUACUCAACGUGGAUAUUUAAAGUCUCAUUUGAGAGUACACACUGGAGAAAAGGCUUAGAAGUGUGAAAUCUGUUUUAAGAAAUUUCGUAGUACAGGACAUUUGAGAGUGCACACUGGUGAAAAACCGUACAAGUGUGAGAUUUGUUGUAAGCAAUUUAACCAUGCACAGAGUUUAAAAACACAUUUGAAAGUACACACCGGAGUAUAUAUAUAAUGUUCUUGAACUCCUACGUGGAGCAUAGAGCUUCAGUGAAAACGCGCCAUCGGGUUCUAUCUUGCGCUAAGCCCUUCACCUCAUUCCAAGACUUUCCUUGACCUCUUAUCGCGUCCAUGAUGGAUCUUCUCCAGGUUUGUCCUGGGCGGUCUCUUUUUCCUUGGGGAUUCCACUCUAGAGCAGUCUUUGCAAUAUUGGAACUAACUUUUCGGAGUGUGACCGAUCCAACCCCACUUUCUGGACUUUAUUUCAUUUUCUCUCCUCUUUUGUUGGGUCAGGAGUAGGACACACUGGACCGGAGAACUUCACGAAUGUGAAAUUUGUGUUAAAUAGUUUAAUUUAAUUUCAAAAAACAUUUGAGAGUUCACACUGGUGAAAAACGUUACAAGUGCAGUAAAACCUCCGUUAACCGAAAUAAUUGAGGGGGAGGCCGUUUCGGAUAACAAGAAUUUCGGUUAAAAAUAACAAUGUUUUUUGUAUUCUUCUUGUAUCAAAUUACAUAGUAUUGUUGGUUAAAGUUGGUAUUAAAUUAAGAGAUAUUAUGAGAUGAUUUCGUAAUGAUCGAGCAACAUUGAGGAUUUUGACAAAUUAACAUCGAAUUGUUUCUGUUUUGCGAUAAAAAAUUAAUUUUUAUUAACGAAAUUAUUGAAACUGUUAUCUUUUCGGUUAAAAGAUGUUUCGGUUAAAAAGGUUUCGGUUAAUGGAGGUUUUACUGUACAUAAUUUGUGUUAAGCAAUCUUCUAAAUUAAAUACUGCAAUGUUUAUUAAGAAAUUACUGAUUUCAUUAUUAUUUGUAUUUUUUAACAACACUUAUAUUUAAAUAAUAAAAUACUGAAUUUA